GCUUUGUUUGCGGCCGGCGCGGGUCGCGGGUCGGGGUCCGGAGGGGCCCCGCCGGGAGAGGCGGCACCGCCAAGCCCCGCCCCGCCCCGCCCCCCGCGCCGCCCCCUCCCACCGUCUACCGGGGCCGCGUCCCGUCUGGUCGAGUCCGGUCCCCGCGCGGCCGCCUCCCGCCGCCCUCGGCCGCGCCAUGGUCAGCCUGCGGUCGUCCAGCCCGGUCCCACUGAGGUCGCUGCUGCUGCUCCCGGUAGUGGCCGCGCUCACCCUGCCCGGCGCCGGCGGGACGUGCCCGGAGCGCGCGCUGGAGCGGCGCGAGGAAGAGGCGAACGUGGUGCUCACCGGCACGGUGGAGGAGAUCCUCAACGUGGACCCGGUGCAGCACACGUACUCGUGCAAGGUUCGUGUCUGGCGAUACUUGAAGGGAAAAGAUAUAGUGGCCCAGGAGAACCUGCUGGAUGGUGGCAACAAGGUGGUGAUCAGUGGUUUUGGAGACCCCCUCAUCUGUGACAACCAAGUGUCUACUGGAGACACCAGGAUCUUUUUUGUGAACCCAGCACCUCCCUACCUGUGGCCAGCUCACAAGAAUGAGCUGAUGCUCAACUCCAGCCUCAUGCGGAUCACUCUGCGGAACUUGGAGGAGGUGGAGUUCUGUGUAGAAGAUAAACCUGGGACCCACUUCACACCAGUGCCUCUGACACCUCCUGAUGUGUGCAGGGGAAUGCUGUGUGGCUUUGGGGCCGUAUGUGAGCCCAGUGUGGAAGAUCCAGGCCGAGCCUCCUGUGUGUGCAAGAAGAGUCCCUGUCCCCUGGUAGUGGCACCCGUGUGUGGCUCAGAUUCCUCAACAUACAGCAAUGAGUGUGAGCUGCAGCGUGCUCAGUGCAGGCAGCAGCGGCGCAUCCGCCUGCUCCGCCGUGGGCCCUGUGGAUCCCCGGACCCCUGUGCCAAUGUGACCUGCAGCUAUGGCAGUACCUGUGCACGCUCACCCGAUGGGCAGACUGCCUCGUGUUUGUGUCCUGCGACUUGCCACGGGGCUCCUGAGGGCACUGUGUGUGGUAGUGAUGGCAUUAACUACUCUAGCGAGUGCCAGCUGCGACACCAUGCCUGCACCCGCCAAGAACACAUCUUCAGGAAAUUCAGUGGUCCCUGUGACCCCUGCCAGGGUCUGCUGGCCGACUUGAGCCGCCUCUGCCGCGUGGACCCUCACACACGGCGCCCUGAGAUGCUCCUGCGUCCAGAGAGCUGCCCUUCCCAGCAGGCGCCUGUGUGUGGGGAUGACGGGGUCACCUACGAGAACGACUGUGUCAUGGACCGUACCAUAGCUGCCCGUGGCCUGCUCGUCCAGAAAGCGCAUGCAGGCCAGUGCCAGCCUCGAGAGCGGUGUGCGGAGGCCUGCCAGUUCAAUGCUGUGUGUCUAUCCCGCCAUGGACGCCCCCAUUGCUCCUGUGACCAGGUCAUCUGUGAUGGAGCCUAUAGACCUGUGUGUGCCCAGGAUGGGCGCACCUAUGACAACGACUGUUGGCGCCAGCAGGCUGAGUGCCGGCAGCAGCGCGCCAUCCCCCCUAAGCACCAGGGCCCAUGUGCCCAGGCCCCGUCCCCGUGCCGUGGGGUGCAGUGUGCGUUUGGGGCAACGUGUACUGUGAGGAAUGGGGAAGCUGUGUGCGAGUGCCAGCAGGUGUGCCCAGGCGUCUACGAUCCUGUGUGUGGCAGCGAUGGCGUCACCUAUGGCAGCAUGUGCGAGCUAGAGGCUAUGGCCUGCACCCUCGGGCGGGAGAUCCGGGUGGCCCGCAAAGGUCCCUGUGACCGAUGUGGGCAGUGCCGCUUUGGAGCCCUCUGUGAGGUGGAGACUGGGCGCUGUGUCUGUCCCUCCGAAUGUGUGGCCUCUGCCCAACCCGUGUGUGGUUCAGAUGGGCGCACAUAUGCCAGCGAGUGCAACCUGCAUGUCCAUGCCUGUACACACCAGAUCAGCCUGCAUGUGGCCUCUCCUGGGCACUGCCAGACCUGUGGAGACACAGUGUGUGCCUUUGGGGCAGUGUGCUCUUCUGGACAGUGCGUAUGUCCUCGGUGUGAGCGCCCCCCGCCUGGCCCUGUAUGCGGUAGCGAUGGCAUCACCUAUGGCAGUGUGUGUGAACUGCAGGAAGCUGCCUGCCAGCAGCAGACACACAUUGAGGAAGCCCGGCCGGGGCCAUGUGAACAGACCGAGUGUGGCUCGGGAGGCUCUGGCUCUGGGGAGGACAAUGAGUGUGAGCAGGAGCUCUGCGUGCAGCGUGGUGGCAUCUGGGAUGAGGACUCGGAGGAUGGGCCAUGUGUCUGUGACUUUAGCUGCCAGAGUGUCCUGAGGAGCCCGGUGUGUGGCUCAGAUGGUGUCACCUACGACACAGAGUGUGACCUGAAGAAGGCCAGGUGCGAGUCACAGCGGGAACUGUAUGUGGCUGUUCAAGGAGCCUGCCGCGGUACCACAUUGGCCCCAUUUUUGCCUGAGGCCCUAACACACUGUACCCAGACACCAUACGGCUGCUGCCAGGAUAAUGUCACUGCUGCCCGGGGUGUGGGCCUGGCUGGCUGCCCCAGGACUUGCCAGUGCAACCCGCAUGGCUCCUAUGGGGGCACCUGUGACCCAGCCACAGGCCAGUGUUCCUGCCGGCCAGGUGUGGGUGGCCUCAGAUGUGACCGAUGUGAGCCUGGCUUCUGGAACUUCCGUGGCAUUGUCACUAAUGGCCAAAGUGGCUGUACUCCCUGCAACUGUGACCCCCGGGGUGCUGUGCGGGAUGACUGUGAGCAGAUGACUGGACUGUGCUCCUGUAGGCCUGGUGUGGCUGGUCCCAAGUGCGGGCAGUGUCCAGGUGGUCAAGUCCUGGGCUCUGCUGGAUGUGAGGCAGAUGCCUUGGCACCUGAGACCUGUGUGGAGAUGCGCUGUGAGUUCGGUGCCUCCUGUGUGGAGGAGGGCGGUUCUGCUCAUUGUAUCUGUCCAGUCCUCCCUUGCCUGGAGGCCAGUGCCACCAAGGUCUGUGGGUCAGACGGCGUCACCUAUGGCAGUGAGUGCCAGAUGAGGACCAUCGCCUGCCGCCAGAGGCUGAACAUCUCCACCCAGAGCCUUGGCCCCUGUCAGGAGGCUGCUGUUCCUGCCACUUAUCCAACCUCGGUGACCGGAACCAGCCCAGGGCGUGUCUUGAGCAAGGCAUGGCCACCUUCACCCAGCACCCUCCCGCGGGUUCCCAGCAGCACCCCCCAUGCUUGGCCCACCCCUCCUCCAGCAUCACUGCCUCAGACCACAGCUAGCUUCCCCAGGGCCACUGUGCAGCCCACACUGACUCUGCCACCCAUAGCACCCUCCACUGUAUCCAGUCUCGCCGUGUCUGCCUUUGGUGAAUCCGGCAGUGCUGAUGGGAGUGGUGAUGAGGAGCUGAGUGGGGACCAGGAGGCCAGUGGGGGCGGCUCCAGGGGCCUCGAGCCUCCUGAUGGCAGCGGUGUGGUCACCCACGGGCUGUCUGUCGAAAGGGCUUCCUGCUACAACUCACCCUUGGGCUGCUGCUCAGAUGGCAAAACACCUUCCCUGGAUGCAGAGGGCUCCAACUGUCCUGCUACCAAGGCGUUCCAGGGAGUGCUGGAGCUUGAGGGGGUCGAGGGGCAGGAGCUGUUCUACACACCGGAAAUGGCUGACCCCAAGUCAGAACUGUUUGGGGAGACUGCUAGGAGCAUUGAGAGCACGCUGGACGACUUGUUCCGGAACUCAGAUGUUAAGAAGGACUACCGAAGUGUCCGUCUAAGGGACCUGGGGCCUGGCAGAUCAGUGCGUGCCAUUGUGGAUGUACACUUUGACCCCACCACAGCCUAUCAGGCACCCGAUGUGGGCCGGGCCUUGCUCCGGCAGAUCCAGGCAUCCAGACGCCGGGCUUUGGUGGUGAGGAAACCUCUUCAGGAACAUGUGCGAUUCAUGGACUUUGACUGGUUUCCAGCAUUCUUCACGGGAGCUGCAACAGGAGCCACGGCUGCCGUGGCCACCGCCAGAGCAACCACUGUGGGCCGACUGCCCUCCUCUGCUGUGACCCCUCGUGUCUACCCCACUCACACUAGCCGGCCCGUUGGCAGGACCACAGCUCCCCCUACCACUCGCCGGCCCCCCACCACUGCCUCCAGCCGUGACAGGCCUCUGCCUCCAGGUCUCCAUCAGCUGUCACUUCCCUGUGAUUCCCAGCCCUGCCUCCAUGGGGGGACCUGCCAGGACCAAGACUCCAGCAGGGGCUUUACCUGCAGCUGCCCUGCAGGCAGAGGAGGCACUGUCUGUGAAGAGGUGCUCCGCUCCUCUGUGCCAGCCUUUGGAGGCCACUCCUUUAUUGCCUUCCCUACCCUGCGUGCCUACCACACACUCCGCCUGGCACUGGAAUUCCGGGCUCUGGAGCCUCAGGGACUUCUGCUCUACAAUGGCAAUGCACGUGGCAAGGACUUCCUGGCACUGGCACUGCUAGGUGGUCGUGUACAGCUCAGGUUUGACACAGGUUCAGGGCCAGCAGUGCUGACCAGCUUGGUGCCAGUGGAACCUGGACAGUGGCACCGCCUAGAACUGUCUCGGCACUGGCGCCAGGGCACACUCUCGGUGGAUGGUGAGACCCCUGUUGUGGGUGAGAGCCCCAGUGGCACCGAUGGCCUCAACUUGGACACAGACCUCUUUGUGGGCGGCAUCUCAAAGGACCAGGCUGCUGUGGUGCUUGAGAGGACCUCUGUUGGUGUCGGCCUGAGGGGCUGCAUCCGUCUACUGGACAUUAACAACCAGCAGCUAGAGCUCAGCAACUGGCAGGGGAUGGCCACCCGAAGCUCUGAUGUGGGAGAGUGUGGGGACAACCCUUGUCUGCCUAGCCCCUGCCAUGUCGGAGCUCCAUGCCGGGCGCUGGGAUCCGGCAGGUUCCACUGUCAGUGCCCGCCUGGCCGCUUUGGUCCGACCUGUGCAGAUGAAAAGAGCCCUUGCCAGCCGAACCCCUGCCAUGGGGCAGCCUCCUGCCGUGUGCUGCCUAGGGGUGGGGCCAAAUGCGAGUGCCCCCUGGGACGUGGGGGCGCCCUCUGCCAGACAGUCUUGGAGAGGGAUUCCAGCUCUCAGCCCUUCCUGGCUGACUUCAGUGGCUUCUCCUACCUGGAACUGAAAGGCUUGCACACCUUUGAGAGAGACCUGGGGGAGAAGAUGGAACUGGAGGUGGUGUUCUUGGCCCGUGACCCCAAUGGCUUGCUCUUCUACAAUGGGCAGAAGACGGAUGGCAAGGGGGACUUUGUAUCCCUGGCCCUGCGCGAUGGGCACCUGGAGUUCCGCUACGAUCUGGGCAAGGGGGCUGCAGUCAUCAGGAGCAAGGAGCCCAUAGCCCUAGGUACCUGGACCAGGGUCUCAGUGGAGCGAAAUGGCCGCAAGGGUGCCCUUCGUGUGGGCGACGGGCCCCGUGUGCUGGGGGAGUCUCCAAAAUCCCGCAAGGUGCCACACACCAUGCUUAACCUCAAGGAGCCGCUCUAUGUAGGGGGGGCUCCUGAUUUCAGCAAGCUGGCUCGGGCUGCCGCAGUGUCAUCUGGCUUCAAUGGCGCCAUGCAGCUGAUCUCCCUUAAAGGCCACCAGCUGCUGACACAGGAGCACAUGCUGCAGGUGGUGGAUGUCUCAUCCUUUGCAGAUCACCCUUGUACCCAAGCCUCAGGACACCCCUGCCUCAACGGGGCCUCAUGUCUCCCAAAGGAAGCUGGCUAUGAAUGCCUGUGUCCUGGGGGCUUCUCAGGGCAACACUGUGAGAAGGGACUGGUUGAAAAAUCUGCGGGGGACCUGGAGACACUGGCCUUUGAUGGACAGACCUAUAUUGAGUUCCUCAAUGCAGUGACGGAGAGUGAAAAAGCACUACAGAGCAACCACUUUGAAUUGAGCCUGCGCACCGAGGCCACUCAGGGGCUGGUUCUGUGGAGCGGCAAGGCCACGGAGCGUUCAGACUAUGUGGCACUGGCUAUCGUGGAUGGACGCCUGCAGCUGAGCUAUGACCUGGGUUCCCAGCCCGUGGUGCUGCGCUCCACUGUGAGGGUCAACACCAAUCGCUGGCUGCGGGUCAGGGCCCACAGGGAACAGAGGGAAGGUUCCCUUCAGGUGGGCAAUGAAGCCCCUGUGACCGGCUCCUCACCUCUGGGAGCCACACAGCUGGACACAGAUGGAACCCUGUGGCUUGGAGGCUUGCAGAAGCUGCCUGUGGGCCAGACCCUGCCCAAGGCCUACAGCACAGGCUUCGUGGGCUGCCUGCGGGACGUGGUGGUUGGCCUGCGCCGGCUUCAUCUGCUGGAAGAUGCUGUUACCAAGCCAGAGCUUCAGCCCUGUCCUGCCCCCUGACCUGGCACUGGAGCUCCCACCCUUCCUGCUGUAAUUAUUUUCUAUUUUUGUAAACUUGUUGCUUUUUGAUAUGAUUUUCUUGCCUGUAUGUUGGCCAGAGAGACUGUUGGGCCAGCCUACCUUCCGUCCAGGCAGCUAUUCUGUGGAGACAAACAGUGCCAAGGGACUCGAGGAGGCAGUGUGGCAGCCAGGAGCACUUAGCUUAGCAGGCAGCCUUAGAUAAUUCCAGGCCUUGUACUGUGCAUCUGUGCCCGUCCAUCUGUGAUCCCUGUAUCACUCACACCGCACUGGAUGAGAGCUGUGUGCCAGAGUAGGAGGAGACAACUAGGCUUUGAUAUGGCGCUUCUUGGUUCCAACUUGAGCUCCUCCUUUCUUCCUGUGUAUGCUUUGGGCUGGCCUUAUCCAAGACUAGCCUGGACUCCACAGUCAUGUGCCAGUACUGUGACUUAGAAAUAAUGUUAGCUUUGGGGUUACCCUCCACUUCCACUGAUUUCCACCUCCACCAAUUCUAGAGUACUGCAGGUAGAAGCCAGGCCCCAACUCAUCGAAGGUGCCCUGAGUAGCCUUCAACUAGCCUUGCCCAUACACCCCACCACCCUGGAAGUGAGUGUCUCCACCACAUACUCCAGGCCCCAUGAAGAGCAUCAAAAGGAAGUGGACCCUUAGGUGUGAUGUGGUUUACCUCCAUUUCCUGCUUACGUGGGCAGCCAGCAGUAUCCCUCUCAAGAAUGGCUGCCCAGGCCUGGGCACUGAACAUGUUCUUCAUUUUUUUAAUUUUUAUUUUAUUUGCCUGGAAUGGCAAAGCUAUUGUCUUCCUUGCCCUGGCCCCAGGGCAGCUGAGGGUCUCACAGCAACCCUCCAGGUCUGUUUUGAGUAGGGGUUGUCCUUCUCUGAGAAUGACUGGGAUGAGCUCAAUCACGACUAAGGUCAAAGGGCAGAAAUGCUAGAAAUGCCUUAAAUUCAUAACAUCUGUGCCCCCACUGCCUGCCCUGAAUGCCUAGCCUAGUCAUCUUGGGAACAAGACCAGAUAAAGUUGGUAGGUGCAGCCUCCUCCUCCCUCUGCUGUGGGGAAGAGAAAGGCUUGGAGGGAGUUGCAUGGUGUUUCAUUACUAACUUCAGUAUGUCUGUAUCAAACACCAUGAAAUAAAUCUGAAAAUUUUA